AUGUACAUUAGAAAUAUUCUUUUACUUGCAGCCCUCCUUUUCAGUGUUGUACUUGGUGAUCAAGUACUCUUUAAUGACAAUGGAUAUGGUACUGAUAUUUAUUCAGACUCUUCUGCUGCUGUUUCAAACUCUACCAAUUGUGGUCAAAAGGCCAACAAAUGUAUUUUAGGUCAAAUCGUAAAUGAAAAUGACAAUAUUGGAUUCAGAAUGAAACCAAAUCAAUUUGAUACUGAUAAUGAUAGAUUUUUAGAGUUUUGGAUGCUUGUUGAAGGUGCAAAUGGAACUGAUGUUUACAUUUUCAUUGAUACUGUUGGUACUCCAAAGAAGGUUAUUCUCAACAAUGACACUUAUUAUGUAUCUACUACCGACUUUUCAGGAUGGGUCUUUGUUAGAGUUGAUGUAACCGAGGCCAACGUUGAUGCUGAAACUUUCAAUGGUCUUCAUAUUGGCGUUGCUUCAAGACCCUCCAACCUUACUAUUGCUGCUGUCAAUCUUGUUGAAAAUCGUAUGCACAUUGUUGAACAAAUGAAUUCAAUCAUUAUUCCAUAA